ACACUGUUUUUUUUUAAGCCUUUGCUGGGGAAGUGUCUGUUCUUCCUGAGAACCACUGACAAGGCGAUAACCACCGCUAACGUGCAGGAGGAGGUGAACUUCGGCAUGCUGGACUGCAGUGAUGGCAGCAUCCUGGAGAGUCUGGAGACUCUGCUGGCUCACAUCAUGUUGCCGGCCCUCCGGUCUCAGCAGACGUGGGGCUCUGUUCAGGAGGGCGUGUCCUGUCCAGACGUCCAGUCCUUCCUGUCUUCAGUGGACCAGUUCGUCGGUAAUCUGAGCUCGGCCAGAGCCAACAUGGAGAGAAAGUUCCAGCUGCAGCAGGUCGUCCUUCCUGAUGCCAUCGAGCAGCUGAGCAGCCCUGCAGACUACACGGCCGCAGCCAAUAACAGCGAGCUGGUGGAGUGCCUGGAGGGCGUGGUCUCUGUGUGGACCAAUCAGAUCAAGCAGGCGCUGACCGAGAGCGAGCAGAUGAGGAAGGAGGCCGAUGACGUUGGACCGUCAGCUGAGCUGGAGCACUGGAAGAGACGCAUGGUCACCUUUAACAGUCUAAUGGAGGAGGUGAAGCGUCCUCAGGUGAAAAGGACUCUGGGAGUUCUGCAGCUCACCAAGUCUCGAACUCUACGAACCUGGAUCGAGAUGGAUGGGGACAUCACUGUCGUGGCUAACGAGGCCAAGGACAACGUGAAGUUUCUCUACACUCUGGACAAGUUCUUCGGGCCGCUGGGGAAAUGCACUCCGACCAGUAUCCUGCAGCACAUUCCCGGUCUGAUGACCAGUAUCAGGAUGAUCCACCAGGUCUCUCGGUACUACAACACCUCAGAGAGGAUGACCUCGCUGCUGCUCAAGACCACCAACCAGAUGAUCUCCACCUGCAGGAGCUACCUGUCGCAGGGUGGGGCUCACAUCUGGGACCAGCACAGGCCCGAGCUGCUGCAGCGUAUCUCAGACUGUUGUAAUCUGAACGUGGAGUACAAGAAGAGCUUCAAGAGGGUCAGAGACCAACUGAGAGAAAACCCUGAAAACAGACAGUUUGACUUCAGUGAGAACUACAUCUUCUGGAAGUUUGAUGCUUUCUGCCGGCGUCUGGAGAAGAUUGCUGACAUGGCGUCUUCACUGGAGAGUCUGUCUGCUCUGCAGCACAUGAAGGUCGAGGGCACCGAGAAGAUCUACGUCCGCUACCAGACCAUCGUCUCCACAACCAGGACCAGGACCUACGACGUCCUGGACCACCGCAAGCUGGAGUUUGACGGUGACUAUGCAGACUUCCAGAUCCAGGUUCAAGGUGUGUUCCGGUCUCUUCAGGCUCUGCUGGACUUCUGGUUCCAUCAGUCUGUCAAUACGGAGCGGAUGCUGCAGCUGCUGCAGGUGUUUGAGUCCGGUCCGACGGCUCGUCUGGACCUGAACCAGCACUACCUGGUGCUGCUGCAGCGCUACAGCAGAGACCUGGAGCUGCUGAGGAAGACCUACCAGAGACAGAGAGACAGACCGCCCACCGGACGCAACCUGCCCCCGGUGGCAGGGAGGAUCCUGUGGUGUCGUCAGCUCUUCAGGAAGAUUGAAGCUCCCAUGUUGAUCCUGAAGAAGAAGCUGGACGUCCUCAAGGGACCAGAAGGGACCAAAGUGAUCCGCAGCUACAACAAGAUGGCCGUGGUGUUGCUGCACGACGAGCUGCUGCACCUGCAAGGCUGGAGUCAGGCUGCAGAGAGCGCGCCGCGCUGCCUGAGCGCCGCCCUGCUGGUCCGACAUGAGAACAGCAAGGAGGUCCUUGUGAAUCUGGACCCGGUGGUGCUGGAGGUGCUGCAGGAGGCCCGAUGGAUGACCAAACUAGGGGUCACGGUGCCAAAAGUCGUCCUCAAAAUGACCUCCAGAGAAGCAGAGAUCAAAGCUCUGUACAAGCGGCUGCUGGAGUUGCUCCAGGACUUCGGCUCGGUGGUGGCCAGGAUCCCGUCUCUCCUCCUCCCUCUGAUGCGGCCCUUCGUCGGCCGGGUGGAGGCGUCUCUCUCCCCCGGACUCACCACGCUGUCCUGGAGCGCUCUCAACACGGACGACUUCCUAGAGAAUGUGUACCGGGCUCUGAGGGAUCUGGAUCAGGUGUCCAAAGGAGCCACGGACCUGCUGGAGUGUCGCGUCGGCCGGCUGCUCCAGACCAUGUCGUGCUGCUGUCUGCUGGUCCUGCCUGGAGACGCACCUGUCUCACCUCAGGACCUCCUGCUGCAGACAGACAGCUCAGUCCAAGCUGCUGCUGUCUGUCUGAACUGGCAGAGUCAGCAGGUAGAGAAAUAUGUGUUUCAGCUGAUUGAGGAGCUGAAGAGGAAGAUGACGACGACGGAGACCGUUAAUCUGGAGGGAUCCUUCCUGUGUCUCCAUCCAGACUCCAAACAGAAGACUCGCUGUCAGUCGUGUCUUCCUUGUCGUUUCUACAACCUGAUUGGUCAACUCUGUCAUCGCAACACCGAGGCCCUGGUCAAAGCCACUAAAUCGUCUCUGGACGCCCUGAGGAGGAGACUUCACGUCCUCAAAUACCAGCCGUCCUCUUCCUCCUGCAGCAGCCAAUCAGCUCCUCCUCCUCCUCCUCCUCUUCCUCUCUUCAGAGCCUCCAUCCAGCUCUCCAUCCCCAACAUCGUCCUGAGACCGAGUCUGGACGACGUUCAGAGUACGGUGAACAGGCUGGUGAGCGGUGUGUUGUCAGUGACUACAGACGUCCCUCUGUGGACGUACUCUCGUCUGCAGUACCGACAGCAGCAGGCGGAGCAGGUGGCGGUUCGGGAUGCGGGAGACGACAUCCCGGUGAAGCCGCCGGUGCUGAGGCCUCUGGACAGACAGCUGGCCGAACACAGAGACGUCUCCAAGUUGGUGAUCCAGCUCAGCUCCAUGGUGUCGUCUCUGAGAGCUCAGGCUGCUGACACUCUGAAUGAACUCAGUCACUUCUCUACUCUGUGGAACCAGGACCCAGAGGAGCAGGUGCAGGCCUUCCUGCAGUCCGACCCCUCGCUGACGGAGUUCGGCUCUCAGAUGUCCUUCUACUCUACGCUGGAGGUGCAGAUUUCGGAGCUCCCGGAGUUCUUCUCCGUGGGGUCGAUCCUCUGCGACACGGACCAGCUGAAGCUGGCGCUCACUCAGGAGUGCCGUCUCUGGAAACGAGCCUUCGGCGCCGCGCUCAACCGCCGCGCGUCCGCCGACAUGGCCGACGUCUUCUCCUUCGUGGACGCGCUGACGAAGCGCCUGCAGCGUCCAAUCACAGACCUGGAGGACGUGCGGGGAGCCAUGGCAGCGCUGAGAGAGGUCCGGGAGGCGGAGCUUGGUAUCGACGCCGCCAUCGGCCCGGUGGAGGAAUCCUUCGCUCUGCUCAACAAACACGAGCUGCUCUUCAGAGACGGGAGCGCGGAGCGCGUGGACGGCCUGACGUACGCCUGGACCAACCUCGGCGCCCUGGUGGUGCAGAACCAGAACACCCUGGUGAGGAUCCAGCCCAGCAUGAAGGCGGACCUGCUGUCUGCGGUGCAGAGCUUCCAGAUCCACGUCCAGAGCUUCUGCUCCGAGUACAACCACAGGGGUCCGGGGACGGAGGGCGUCGCUCCGGCUGAAGCCAGCGAGCGGCUGCAGAGUUUUCAGGCCGAGUUUGAUCAGCUGUGGAGGAAAUACACCACGUACUCUGGAGGAGAGGAGCUCUUUGGACUGACCGUCAACGAGUAUCCGGAGCUGCAGAGGAUCAGGAGGGAGCUCUCUCUGAUGUCCAAACUCUACGCUCUGUACAACUCCGUCAUCGACAGCAUCGCCGGCUACUACGACGUCCUGUGGGCCGACCUCGACGUCCAGAGGAUCAACGCCGAGCUGCAGGACUUCCAGAACAGGAUCCGGAAGCUUCCGAAGGCGCUGAAGGAGUGGCAGGCCUUCAGAGACCUGAAGAAGACCAUCGAUGACUUCACUGAGACCUGCCCUCUGCUCCACAUGAUGGCCAACAAGGUCAUGCUGCCCCGACACUGGACUCGUCUCAGCGAGCUGACGGCUCACAGCUUCCAGGUGGAAUGGGAGAGUUUCUCCCUCAGAAACAUCAUGGAGGCUCCGCUGCUGAGCUACAAAGAGGACAUCGAGGAUGUGUGUAUCAGCGCGGUGAAGGAGCGAGACAUCGAGGACAAGCUGAAGGACGUAGUGGACGAGUGGGGAGGACACACGCUCGGCUUCGCCCCCUUCAGGACCCGAGGAGAACUGCUGCUGAGAGGAGCCGACACCGCCGACAAGAUCUCCAUGAUGGAGGACAGUCUGAUGGUGCUGACCUCUCUGCUCAGCAACAGGUACAACGCUCCCUUCAAGCCGUCCAUCCAGCUGUGGGUCCAGAAACUCUCCAACACCUCUGAGACCAUAGAGAAGUGGCUGUCGGUUCAGAACCUCUGGAUCUACCUGGAGGCCGUGUUUGUGGGCGGAGACAUCGCCAAGCAGCUGCCUCAGGAGGCCAAACGAUUCCAGAACAUUGACAAGUCGUGGCAGCGGAUCAUGCAGAGAGCACACGAGCUGCCCAACGUGGUGACGUGCUGCGUGGGAGACGAGACGCUCAGCCAGUUGCUCCCUCAUCUCCUGGAUCAGUUGGAGCUCUGUCAGAAGUCUCUGUCUGGUUACCUGGAGAAGAAGCGCUUGGUGUUUCCUCGUUUCUUCUUCGUGUCUGACCCGGCCCUGCUGGAGAUUCUGGGCCAGGCCUCUGACUCUCACACUAUACAGGCUCACCUGCUCAGCCUGUUUGACAAUGUCAACAGAGUUGUUUUCAAUGAGAAAGUCUACGACCAGAUGAUCAGUUUUCAGUCUCAAGAAGGAGAAACUGUGGAGCUGAGCCAACCCAUCCUGGCUCAGGGUAACGUGGAGGUGUGGUUAGGACAGCUGCUAUCAGGGGUGAGGCAGACCCUCCAUAAUGUCAUUUGUCAGGCACACCUGGCCAUCAGCGACCCCGGCCUGAAGCUACUGGAGUUCCAGUCGGCGUUUCCAGCUCAGGUUGGCCUGCUGGGAAUCCAAAUGAUCUGGACCAGAGACGCAGAAGAUGCGCUCAUCCUCAGCAAGUCUGACAAGAAGAUCAUGCAGACGACCAAUCAGAAGUUCCUGGACCUCCUCAACGAGCUGAUCGACGUGACGACCAGGGAGCUGAGCAGAAACGAGAGGACCAAGUACGAGACGCUCAUCACCAUCCACGUCCACCAGAGAGACAUCUUCGACGAGCUGGUGCGUCUGAACGUGAGGUCUGCAUCAGACUUUGAGUGGCAAAAACAAUCAAGGUUUUACUUCCUGGAGGAGACGGACAGAUGUGUCAUCCAAAUCACAGAUGUGGAGUUCAGCUACUGCAACGAAUACCUGGGCUGUACAGACAGACUGGUCAUCACCCCGCUGACUGACAGGUGUUACAUAACUCUGUCCCAGGCUCUGGGGAUGAGCAUGGGCGGAGCUCCAGCUGGUCCGGCAGGAACAGGUAAGACCGAGACCACUAAAGACAUGGGUCGCUGUCUGGGGAAGUAUGUGGUGGUUUUCAACUGUUCGGACCAGAUGGACUACAGAGGACUUGGACGCAUCUACAAAGGUCUGGCCCAGUCCGGAGCCUGGGGUUGCUUUGAUGAGUUUAACCGCAUCGAGCUGCCGGUCCUGUCCGUCGCCGCCCAGCAGAUCUACAUCGUCCUGCAGUGUAAGAGGAACAAGAAGAAACAGUUUGUCUUCACAGACGGAGACGUGGUUGACAUGGACCCUGAGUUCGGCAUCUUCCUCACCAUGAACCCCGGUUACGCCGGUCGUCAGGAGCUUCCCGAGAACCUGAAGAUUCAGUUCCGCACGGUCGCCAUGAUGGUGCCGGACCGAGCCAUCAUCAUGAGGGUCAAACUGGCCAGCGCAGGUUUUCGUGACAACCAGGUCCUCAGCAGGAAGUUCUACACCCUCUACAAACUGUGUGAGGAGCAGCUCUCCAAACAGGUCCAUUACGAUUUUGGUCUGAGGAACAUUUUAUCAGUUUUGAGGACGCUGGGAGCUGUGAAGAGAUCGAACCCAUCAGAACCAGAGCAGACUGUGGUGAUGAGGGUCCUGAGAGACAUGAACCUCUCCAAACUGGUGGACGAGGACGAGCCUCUGUUCAUGAGUCUGAUCAACGACCUGUUUCCUGGUAUCGUUCUGGAUAAAGCCGGGUAUCCAGACUUGGAGUCGUCCAUCUCCAGUCAGGCUCAGCGGGCCGGUCUGAUCCCUCACCCCCCCUGGAUCCUCAAACUGGUUCAGCUCUACGAGACUCAGAGAGUCCGACACGGGAUGAUGGCGUUGGGUCCCAGCGGCGCCGGGAAGACGUCCUGCAUCCACACACUGAUGAAGGCCAUGUCGGAGUGCGGCUCGCCCCACCGAGAGAUGAGGAUGAACCCCAAAGCCAUCACGGCCUCGCAGAUGUUCGGCACGCUGGACGUCACCACCAACGACUGGACGGACGGCGUCUUCUCCACGCUGUGGAGGAGGACGCUCAAGGCCAAGAAGGGCGAAAACAUCUGGAUCGUGCUGGACGGUCCGGUGGACGCCAUCUGGAUCGAGAACCUGAACUCAGUUCUGGACGACAACAAAACUCUGACGCUGGCGAACGGAGACCGAAUCCCCAUGUCGCCCUGCUGCAAGAUUGUCUUUGAGCCCCACAACAUCGACAACGCGUCCCCGGCCACGGUGUCCAGGAACGGGAUGGUGUUCAUGAGCUCCUCGGUGCUUGGCUGGACCCCCGUCCUGCAGGCCUGGAUCCAGCAGCUCCCCGAGAAGCAGGCUGGCGUCCUGCAGACCUGCUUCAGCUGCUGCUACCAGGACCUGCUGGACUUUGUCUCCACUGCGGUGUCUCCUAAGAUGCAGGUGUUGGAGUGUAUGUACAUCAGACAGACGAUUGACCUGCUGCAGGGUUUGCUCCCGGCGGCGGAUGAGAGACCGGGUUUCCCCGGUGACGUGGGUCGGCUGUUUGUGUUCGCGGUCAUGUGGUCUCUGGGAGCCGUGCUGGAGCUGGACGACAGAGCCAUGAUGGAGGCCUUCCUCAAGAGCCACGGCUCGUCUCUGGACCUGCCUCAGACUCGGGACGAGCAGACCAUCUUUGAGUUCACAGUCAACGAGCAGGGACAGUGGGAGCACUGGUCCAACAAGGUCCCAGAGUACGUCUACCCCAAAGACCACGUCCCGGACUACUCGUCCAUCCUGGUUCCCAAUGUGGACAAUGUGAGGACGGACUUCCUGAUGCAGACCGUCGUGAAGCAGAAGAAGGCCGUGCUGCUGAUCGGCGAGCAGGGCACCGCCAAGACCGUCAUGAUUAAAGGCUUCACCGGUAAGCUCGACCCGGAGCUCCACCUCAGCAAGACGCUGAACUUCUCGUCGGCCACGCUGCCCAGCAUGUUCCAGAGGACCGUCGAGAGCUACAUCGAUAAACGAAUGGGCGCCACCUACGGGCCGCCAGCAGGCCGCAGCAUGACCGUCUUCAUCGAUGAUAUCAACAUGCCCGUCAUCAACGAAUGGGGGGACCAGGUAACCAAUGAGAUCGUGCGUCAGCUGAUGGAGCAGAAAGGUUUCUACAGUUUGGAUCGUCCAGGAGAGUUCAUCACCGUGGUGGACGUUCAGCUGGUGGCGGCCAUGAUCCACCCGGGCGGCGGUCGGAACGACAUACCCGAGCGUCUGAAGAGGCAGUUCUCCAUCUUCAACUGCACGCUGCCCUCCAACUCCUCCAUCGACAGGGUGUUCAGCACCAUGGCUCGGGGCUACUUCUGCCCAGAGAGAGGCUUCGCCGCCGGGGUGUGCGAGCUUGCCGCCGCCCUCGUACCCACAGCCAGACGGGUGUGGCAGGCCGUGAAGGCCAAGAUGUUACCGUCUCCGGCCAAGUUUCACUACAUCUUCAACCUGAGGGACCUCAGCAGAAUCUGGCAGGGGAUCCUGGCGGUGAGGUCUGAGGUGUGUCUCGGCUCUGAGCUCCUCUCUUCUCUCUUCCAUCAUGAAUGUUGUCGAGUGAUCGCCGACCGGUUCGUGGACGACGGCGAUAGACGAACCUUCAACGUCCUGAUGGAGACGAUCACAGUGGAGGAUCAUGGGAGAUCUCUGACUGAGCAUGCUCAGUGGAACAGCUUCUUCGUGGACUUCCUGCGAGACGCUCCGGAGGCGACGGGAGACGAAGCCGACGACGGCGAUCCGGAGGCUCCGAAGGUGUACGAGUCAAUCCCGUCGCUGGACGCCCUGGCGGAGCGGCUGUCCGUAUUCCAGCUGCAGUACAACGAGGCGGCGAGGGGCGGAGCCAUGGACCUGGUCUUCUUCAAGGACGCCAUGAUCCACCUGAUGCGGAUCUCGCGGAUCCUGCGGACGCCUCAGGGGAACGCCCUGCUGGUUGGUGUGGGGGGGUCAGGGAAGCAGAGUCUGACGAGGCUAGCGUCAUUUAUAUCAGGGUACCAGACCUUCAGGAUCACACUGAGCAGGUCGUACAGCAGCAGUAACCUGCUGGAGGACCUGAAGACUCUGUAUCGGAUUGCGGGUCAGCAGGGAAGAGGAGUCACCUUCAUCUUCACUGACAACGACAUCAAAGACGAGUCCUUCCUGGAAUACAUGAACAACGUCCUGGCGUGCGGUGAAGUCUCCAACCUGUUUACCCGCGACGAGCUGGACGACAUGGCUCAGGAUCUGAUCCCCAUCAUGAAGCGUCACCAUCCACGCCGACCUCCGACCUUGGAGAACCUCUACGACUUCUUCCUGUCCAGAGUGCGGCGCAACCUGCACGUCGUCCUCUGCUUCUCGCCCGUCGGGGGAAAGUUCCGGACUCGAGCUCUGAAGGUGAGCUUUUAUCCUCGUGAACGACUCUGUUCUCUGAGCUUUCACAGCUGCGUGCUUCAUCUGUUUACAGACGAUAACCGCUGUGUGUUUGUGCUGCAGGACUCCAUCACGGAGGAGGUGGUGGAGCUGCUCGCUCCGUACCUCCUCAUGGAGGACUACAACCUGGACUCAGCCAAGAGGAUCUGUGGCAACGUGGCGGGACUCUGCUCCUGGACUCAGGCCAUGGCCGACUUCUUCUGCAUCAACAGGGAGGUGCUGCCUCUGAAGGCUAACCUGACCCUGCAGGAGGCUCGUCUUGUUGUCGCUCAGACUGAACUCUCUAAAGCUCAGGAUCAGCUGGAUGCCAAACAGCAGGAGCUGGACGCUGUUCAGGCGCUCUACGAGGCGGCUAUGAAGGAGAACCAGGACCUGGAGGACGACGCCCAGACCUGCCGCCGCAAGAUGUCCAAGGCCUCGGCUCUGAUCCACGGGCUGGGAGGAGAGAAGGUCCGUUGGACCGACAGCAGCGCUGCCUUCCAGACUCAGAUCGACCACCUGGUGGGGGACGUACUCCUGUGCUCCGGCUUCCUGUCCUACGCCGGUCCUUUUAACCAGGAGUACCGCCGCCUGCUGCUGGAGCUGUGGAAGAAAGAGAUGCAGGACAAGCUCCUCCCCUUCAGUCCUGACCUGGACCUGAUUGGUCUGCUGGUGGACAACGCCACGGUGAGCGAGUGGAACCUGCAGGGUUUACCCAGCGACGACCUGUCCAUCCAGAACGGCAUCGUGGUGACCAAGGCGUCCCGCUACCCGCUGCUGAUAGACCCCCAGGGCCAGGGCAAGACCUGGAUCCAGAACAGAGAGAGAGACCAGCAACUGCAGGUGACGUCUCUGAAUCACAAAUAUUUCCGGUCCCACCUGGAGGACAGUCUGUCUCUGGGGCGCCCCCUGCUGCUGGAGGACGUAGGGGAGGAACUGGACCCCGUCCUGGACAACAUCCUGGACAAAAACUACAUCAAGUCUGGAUCCACUUAUAAAGUGAAGGUGGGAGAUAAGGAGGUGGACGUGAUGAAGGGCUUCACGCUCUACAUCACCACCAAGCUGGCCAACCCGACCUACAGCCCCGAGGUCAGCGCCAGGACGGCCGUGGUCGACUUCACCGUCACCCGGUGCGGCCUGGAGGACCAGCUGCUGGGUCGGGUCCUCCUGCUGGAGAAACAGGAGCUGGAGGGGGAGCGAGUGAAGCUCUUAGAGGAGGUGACGUCCAACAAGAGGAAGAUGCAGGAGCUGGAGGACAGUCUGCUGUUCAGGCUGACCAGCACCCAGGGGUCCUUAGUGGAGGACCAGUCUCUGAUUGAGGUUCUGAGGGUCACCAAGACCACGGCUCAGGAGGUGAGUGAGAAGCUGUCUGUCGCGGCGGACACGGAGGUGAAGAUCAACCGGGCCAGGGAGGAGUACCGGCCGGUGGCCACCAGGGGGAGCAUCCUCUACUUCCUGAUCGUGGAGUUGUCGCUGGUCAACGUCAUGUACCAGACGUCUUUGCGGCAGUUCCUGGGGCUCUUCGACUCGUCCAUGCGGAACUCCGCCAAGUCGCAGCUCACCUCCAAACGGAUCGGCAACGUCAUCGACUUCCUCACCUUCCAGGUUUACUGUUAUACCUCCAGGAGUCUGUAUGAGGAGCACAAACUGCUGUUCACUCUGCUGUUGGCUCUGAAGAUCGACCUGCAGGCCGGAAACAUCUCGCACCCCGAGGUGCUCACCUUUGUCAAAGGCGGAGCUUCUCUGGAUUUGAACUCUGCAGAAUCCAAACCACGGCGAUGGAUCCUUGAUCAGACCUGGCUCAACCUGGUGCAGCUGUCCAGCCUGCCGCCAUUCACCCAGAUCCUGUCCCAGGUGAGCCAGAACGAGCGUGGCUGGAAGACGUGGUUUGACCACCCGACGCCAGAGGACGCGGCGCUGCCUGAUGGUUAUGAGGAAAAGCUCGACACCUUCAGGAAGCUUCUCCUCAUCCGGGGCUGGUGUCCGGACCGAACCACAGCUCAGGCGCGUCACUACAUCUCGGACUCUCUGGGUAAACCGUAUGCUGAAGGUUUGGUUCUGGACCUGGACGCCAUGUUGGCAGAGAGUGACAACAGGACGCCGAUGGUCUGUCUGCUGUCGAUGGGCUCUGAUCCAACUGAAAACAUAGAGAGACUGGCCAAGAACAAGGGGGCGCCGUGCCGUCCCAUUUCCAUGGGGCAGGGCCAGGAGGUUCACGCUCGCAGGCUAUUGUCCAACAGCAUGGCGGACGGCGGCUGGCUCCUCCUCCAGAACUGCCACCUGGGACUGGACUUCCUGGACGAGCUGCUGGAGACGGUGACCGCGGCGUCGCCAGACAGCGCGCACAAAGGUUUCCGGGUGUGGAUGACGACCGACGUGCACCCCAGAUUCCCCAUCACCUUCCUUCAGUCCUCCAUCAAGUUCACCAAUGAACCUCCUCUUGGGAUGAAAGCUGGUCUGAAGAGGACUUUCAGCAGCGUGACUCAGGACCAGUUGGAGAUCAGUCACCUGCCUCAGUGGAAGCCUCUGCUGUACGCUGUGGCCUUCCUGCACACCACUGUGCAGGAGCGUCGUAAGUUCGGUCCUCUCGGCUGGAACAUCCCGUACGAGUUCAACCAGGCAGACUUUACUUCCAGCACGCAGUUUGUGCAGAACCACCUGGACGAGCUGGACUCAAAGAGAGGAGUCAACUGGAGCUGCCUGCGCUACAUGCUGGGUGAGGUCCAGUAUGGCGGCCGGGUGACGGACGACUUGGACAAACGUCUCCUCAACACCUUCACUCAUGUCUGGUUCAGCGAGAACACCUUCAGUGACAAGUUCUGCUUCUAUGAGGGCUACAGCAUCCCCGGCAGGGCCAAGAUGAUCCAGGACGUCCUGCAGCACAUCGAGGCCCUGCCAACGGUGGACUCACCUGAGGUUUUUGGGCUCCACCCCAACGCUAACAUCACCUACCAGACCAACCUGGCCAACGAGACGCUCAGCACCAUCAUCAACAUCCAACCGAAGGACAGCGGGGGCGGGACCGGGGAGACCAGGGAGGCCAGCGUCCAGAGACUAGCCAGUGAGAUGCUGGAGAAGCUGCCAGCUGACUACGUCCCUCAUGAGGUAAAAAGUCAACUACAGAGGAUGGGUCCAUUUCAGCCAAUGAACAUCUUCCUGCGACAGGAAGUGGACCGCAUGCAGCGAGUCAUCAGCAGCGUACGAAGCACGCUUACCGACCUCAAACUGGCCAUCGACGGCUCCAUCAUCAUGUCGGAGGACCUGCGUGACGCUCUCGACUGCACGUUCGAUGCCCGGAUCCCCCGCCUGUGGCUGCGGCUCAGCUGGCCGUCGGCGACGCUGGGCUUCUGGUUCAGCGAGCUGCUGGAGAGGAACCGGCAGCUCGGCGGCUGGAUCGGCACCGGCCGACCCAACCAGUUCUGGCUCACCGGCUUCUUCAACCCGCAGGGUUUUCUGACCGCGAUGCGCCAAGAGACGACACGAGCCAACCUGUCCAGAGGCUGGGCCUUGGAUACCGUCACCUUUACCAACGACGUCACUAAGAUGAUGAGGGAGGACGUGUCGGCUCCGCCCCCAGAGGACGUGGGCGGAGUCUACAUCUACGGCCUCUUCCUGGACGGGGCGGGGUGGGACCGGCGCAGCGCCAAACUCUCUGAGGCCCCGCCCAAGGUGCUCUUCACUGCGCUCCCUGUGGUCCACAUCUACGCCGUCAGCUCAGCCAACAUGGCCGACAGUAAACGGUCGGCGGUCGGCCUGUACUCGUGUCCGGUCUACAAGAAACCGCGUCGGACCGACCUGAACUUCAUCUUCUCUCUGCAGCUGAGGAGCCUGCAGCCUCCGGAGCACUGGACGCUGAGAGGAGCCGCGCUGCUCUGCGACUGCAAGUGAUACUCCGACUGAAGCUCUACUGUGAUAGGUUCAGUUCACUCUCAACUCUUUAUUUCAUUUAUAUUAAAAACUAAUCAACAGGCAGAAACUCAAUCUGAGGCUUUAGCAUCUGAAACAAAACACAGAUGAUGCUAAGCUAAUGGAAUGUCUCGAUAGAGCUGGUGUUUAUUGUUGUUUCUGAUGGUGUCAUAUUGUGAUAUUAGGAGGAAUCUGGCACAGUUUGUCACUAACCUGCUUGCACACAUCAGUAGAAACUCAACAACAAGAUGGAGAGAAACGUUCUGUUUGUUUGAGAAGUUUCUCUUCUUUUUAAGUCCGACACUGUUUCCUGUUUCUUGACACUGACGUGUGUGUUUGGCUCUUCAUGGUUUUCACCUGAGCUUUAAAAUCAAUCAAACAACUAAACCUGCAGAAAGUGCUUUCUCUAAACCGACACAGAUUCACUAGAAGGAGUUUUUAUUCAGAUUCCUCUCCUGUGAUGAACAUUUAAAAACACCAGAGAAACAAACAGAGAAAGGUCUGUGAUGUGCUGAUAACAUGUCAGCAGCUGAGAGGAGAUAUAAACUCACAGACGUAUCAGAAUCAUCAUGUUUGUCCACCAGAGGGCGCUGACCAGAAAUAACCAAACACAAAGUAUGAGUCACAAAACUAACACAAACACUCUGAAAGCCUCUACACACACACACAC